UACUGAGGACGCAGAGCUCCCCAAUCUCUCCCUCCACCCCAUCCAACCAUGGAAGCCACCCUCUUCUCCUUCCCCUCCACCAAGCCCCCUCCCCCCAAAACCUUAACGCUAACCCAAUCUAAAACCCUGACCUUAACUUAUCCUAAAUCGCUAAACCCCUACAGAAGAACCUCCUAUUCCACCACAAUCCGCUCCGCCAUCAGCCGCACCAAGAAGGAAGAAACAGUCCAAACCGUGAAAGAACAGCUCGAGAACUGCCACCUCCUUGCCGCCAUCAAGUACAACGGCUUCACCGUCCAGCAGUUCCAGGAGCUCCGGCGGUCUCUGCCGGAGAAAUCCAAGCUCAUCGUUGCCAAGAACACCCUCGUCUACAAAGCCAUCGAAGGCACCUCUUGGGCGGCUCUGGAGCCGUGUAUGAAAGGCAUGAACGUCUUCCUCUUCGUCCACAGCGAGGAAAUUCCGGCUGCCAUCAAGCCCUACCGGGACUUCCAGAAGGAGAAGAAGCUCGAGGGCAAUGACUUCACCGGCGCCGUCUUCGAGGGCAAGUUUUACGGGCCGGACGAUUUCAAGGCGCUUGAGAGUAUGCCGACGAGGGCGGAGAUAUAUGCGAAGUUGUUGGGGGCUUUGCAGAGUCCGGCGUCGGCAUUGGUGGGGACGUUGCAAGCGCCGGCGAGGGACUUGGUGAUGGUGUUGAAGGCGUAUGUGAAGAAACUGGAGGAGGAAGGUUGAGAUUGUAAGUACAUUUUGAAACUAAACCCCCUUUUUGUUUUCGGGUUUGUUGUUAGCGAAAUUGUAGAAAUUCAUGUUGUUUGUUUAUUGACAUUGAUUUGGAAUUCAUGGAAUCAAGCUGUGAAAUCAUGUACAAUUGAAAUUUUUUACUACUGAUUUUGAAUUACAUUGCUAGUUUCUUUA